AAUUUGCAAUCAGUUCGCAAGUGGGAACCGAUCCAUUCAGAUGGCAGCCGCAGUAUUACCGAACUGCGCCCAGGAGGAGCUCUUCGUCAGCCGGGCCACCAUUAAGUUGCAGUUGCCACAGGGCGGAGCCGAUUCACCCGUCUUCGAGUGGCGCACACAGGUGGUGACGCCCACGCCCACGCCCACGCCCACACCCGUUCCCGCCCCCGAGGAGGAGUGCAUUAAGGGGAAAAAGACCGGGGAGAGUGCCACGCCCAAGAGCAAUUACUACACGCCUCCGCGGAUCCUUGGAACCGAGGCGAAGCGCAAGAAUCUGCCCCAAACGAUGGGCAACUUCUUCGAGGCGGAGCGCUAUUCCAGCGCCUGGAAUCGCGUGACCAAGUAGACUCCGAAUCCGAAUCCAAAUCCCAAAAACCCAACCGAAGGGAGGCCUAAUCGAUUAACCCAUUAAGUGCCAAGAGCUGCAGGAGAGUGAAAUUCCAUUCCGUUGCCAAAAAUUCCAAUUCAUGCCCCAAAAUUGCUUACUCGAAUGUGUGUGUGUGGGUGGGGGGGAGGAGGGAGGAGGGAGGAGAGGGGGGGAGAUAGAACUGCUGGCCUAGGGCAAUCCCAACUAUGUAUAUAAGCAUCCCAUGAAUAUUUAUGUGCCACCCCCUGUACCUUGAUACCCUGAUAAUGCAAUAAAAGUAUUAUUUGAUAGAUAAA